CACUCUCUUUCCUCUCUUGCUCUUGGAUUCUUCUGCUGUCGCAUCUCUCUCUCUCUCUCGCUUAUGGCAGCUGCCAUUAAAGCUCAUCUUUAGAGCUAAAUGACCUUUCUCCCUUAGGUGUCUUCUUCAACCUUUUGCUUAGAGUUUAGAGCUCAUCUUUUGCUGGCACAAACCUGCUUAUUUCGCAAUGAAGUCCUCGACUCAGCUUGAUUUCGCUACUUUUCAGCUCACACCUACUCGAACAAGGUGUGAUUUGAUAUUAUCUGCAAAUGGGAAGUCCGAGAAAAUAGCUUCUGGUUUGUUGAAUCCUUUUCUUGCCCAUUUGAAGAUUGCACAAGAACAGAUGGCCAGAGGUGGUUAUUCCAUUAUUCUUGAGCCAGAUCCUCACAGUGAUAGAAUAUGGUUCACAAAGGGUACCAUGGAGAGGUUUGUCCGAUUUGUAAGCACCCCUGAAAUUUUGGAAAGGGUGUACACUAUUGAGUCAGAGAUCUUACAGAUUGAGGAGGCAAUUGUGAUUCAGGGCAACAGUGACAUGGGGCCUAAUGUUGUAGAUGACGAGCAAGGAAAGCCUACAAAGCUUAUAGAAGGUGCCACCGAAGCAAGCAAGUCUCUUCUGGAUGGUAAUGAGGAGAAAGCAAUUGUUCUGUACAUGCCAGAUGCGCACUCACUGGAGACCAAUGGACAUACAGUGUUAGAGGAGAACUCGAAAGCUCAGCUUCUGAAAGUCCUGGAGACACGCAAAGCUAUGCUUCAAAAGGAGCAAGGAAUGGCAUUUGCUCGUGCUGUUGCUGCUGGUUUUUACAUUGAUCAGAUGUCACCAUUGAUAUCAUUUGCCAACAACUUUGGAGCCUCACGAUUGAUGGAUGCAUGCGUAAAAUUCAAAGAACUAUGGAAAAGAAAGCAUGAAAGUGGCCAAUGGCUCGAAAUUGAAGCAGCAGAAGCACUAUCCAGCAGGCCAGAUUUCUCCCCUUCCAUGACUGCAUCAGGGAUUAUACUUACAAGUAUGACUGACAAGCAGACAGAAUCUCAAAUUGAACCAUCUUCAACAAAUAAGGGGAAUGCAAUUGCAGAUGGAAAUCCGCCUAUGAUAUACCAGUCACCACCAGGACACCAAGAGUAUCUUCCAGGGCAGUAUCCUCCUCAUAUGUACCCUCCCUGGCCCAUCAAUUCUCCUCCAGGUUCAUUACCUGUCUUCCAAGGAUAUCCCAUGCAAGGAAUGCCUUACUAUCAGAACUAUGCAGGAAGUAGCCCUUUCUUUCAUUCGCAUUAUCCAGUAACAGAGGAUUCUAGAUUUGGUGACGGUAAGAAAAUGGGAGGAAAAAGGCAUUCCAUGGAAAGUGGAGAUAACUCCAUUGGACCAGAAACAUGUAAGACGAAUGCUUGGAAAACAAGAAUGCCUGAUGAUGCAGGAUCAGAGCAAGAAGAUUCAGAAGAUCAGAGAAAAGGUUGUCGAUUAGGUAAGAAGAAAUCAGGCGUGGUUGUCAUCCGCAACAUCAACUACAUUGCAUCGAAGAGGCAUAACUCAUCAGGCAGUGAAACGGAUUCACAAUCUGAAAGUGAAAGUGAAGAAGGAGAUUCACAGGUUAUUAGUCCAGAAAUUAAACACAAGAGGCCUAAUCAAUCCUCUAGGAGCAAAGGAAAGCAUCUAAAUUUUGGGGAUCAAUCAAACACUCCUGCAAAAACUGAUUCCCCUGAAGCUGAAGGACAUUGGCAGGCAUUCCAAAACCUUUUACUUCGGGAUGCCAAUGAAGAAAAACAUCAUGCUGAUCAAAGUCUGUUCACCAUGGAAAGGGAAACAAAGCAGAAAAGGCGACAGAAUAAAGUUGGUGAUGAUCCAUUAGUUGCUCAGGGAUGGAACAGAGAUGAAAUCCAAGAAAACGGUACUAUGGGCAUUGAUAAAGUUGGUGGAAGAAUCAACCGUGUAUCAAGAGCAUCAAAUGAUGAAUUAUUAACUUCCAGAAGAGAUAGUCUAUCAGGGCAUAGCCAUAUGAAUGUGCAGGCUACAGAACUAGAUGGAGGAAGAAAUGGCUACAGGAGGCCCGGUAGUGAUGAUUUUGUGGUUUAUGGACAAAAGGGUCAAAGUCACUCUAAUGGCCACUUGGAUCCAUUAGCUAUAAAUGGCUUUGAUAAUACACAAAAAAGCUAUGAUAAAAACUCUUCAAAUAAUUUGGAUGGUGGUUCUUACAUAGUUCCAUUGAGAUCAAUGACAAUGGAUGCAGUUGGAAAAGACGGUAGAAGUGCUGUUGACAUGGAUUCUGAGUUUCCAUCUUCAAAUCAUAAGGCAGAAAACUUGUCCAACAGAGUUGCUACCUAUGAGCCAGAUGUUCUGAAUCUGAUGCCAAAGCGUGAAGCAGAAAAUGAUCCUGCUGGUUAUGAUCCUGCUUUAGAAUAUGAAAUGCAGGUCCAUGCUGGAUGCGUACCAGCUUCGGAUAAAAAAAAGGAAGUGGUAACUGAUGUUAAACAAGGGACUAAAAGGUUGGACAAGGAUCGAAAGCCAAAAAUUACUCCUGAUAGAAAAACUGGGGGGCCAAUAAGGAAGGGAAAGCCUUCUAAGUUGAGUCCUUUGGAUGAAGCAAGAGCACGUGCUGAAAAGCUAAGAGCUUAUAAAGCUGAUCUCCGGAGAUUGAAGGAGGAGAAGGAGGAGGAGGCAAUAAAAAGAAUAGAAACUUUGAAGCUAGAGAGGCAGAAGAGAAUUGCAGCAAGGGGUAAUAGCACAUUGCCCUCUCAGCAAACUAGAAAGCUAUUGCCAACAAAAAUGUCACCCAACUCUCAGAAAGGAUCAAAAUUUAGUGAUUCAGAUCCACUAUCAUCAUCUCCUCUGCAAAGGUUCCCAAUCAGAACGGCUUCAAUUAGUUCCAAUGAUUCCAACAAAGCUGCAAAACCCAGCAGAUUGGUUGGUGGAAAGCAAUCAGCUGAAAAUAGGUUAACUCAAUCUGUAUCUUCAUUAGCUAAGCUCAAGAAGGAUAACAAUGAUGCUUCAAAUGACAAAAAAGUAUCCAUGGCUCGUAUUAGAAGAUUAUCAGAACCAAAAAUGAGCACCAGCGAUCAUGCUUCUUCCAUCAAGAUACGGACCACCGAGCCAGCAUUAAAGGCAAAAGUAACUAAGGAGACAGAGAACAAAAAAAAGAUACCUAAUGAGACUGAAAGCAAAAAGAAGAUAUCUGCUAUAAUGAAUUUGGAUAAGAUCAAGGCUGCAACUCUUCCAGAACUUAAAAUUAGAACGCCUAAGGGACCUGGCGCUACAAUUGGCAACUCAAUAGGAACUGAAGGUGCUUGUGCUUCCAUGGAAAGAAACACGGCUGAAGUCUCACAUCAUAAUGAACUGGAUGACAACCCUGUUGUUGAGAAGACUGUUGUUAUGCUAGAAUGUGAGAAGCCCUCCAUCUGUACAGGAAAACCUGAUGUCCCAUCAGAUUUUUCUGCCACCAAGGCUUUUAAUUCCCAAAUUGAAGUGUCCUGUGUCAAUAGAGAAUCCAUCAAGCAAAAAUCACAGGAUCAGUUGAGUUCUCAUGAGGUGACAGCGGAUGGUGCAGAUCAGGAAGCACAAAAGUUUUCAUCUCCUAGUAUUACUGAAAGCAUAUAUAAAGCUCCACACGCCCGUGUAUCUUCUUUUGAACAUCCUUGCACACGCGUUUCAGAGUAUGGAAAAGCAACCCCACCAGAUUUGGAGAGUGCAACAUCAGGCACUGAAACUGCUAAAGCCUAUGUUCCUGAUUAUGGAAACGCACAAUUGGCAAAGAUUCCUGAAGCAUCAGAGAAGUCUGAGGUAAAAAAAUCAUCAAAAGGGCUCAGAUUAUUAUUAAAGUUUGGGAGAAAGAAUCAUAGCUCAGGUACAGAUGAACAUAAUGAGGAAUCAGAUAAUAUCAGCGAAAAUGAUUCUGAAGCCAAUGAUGUUGGGGCAAAUACCACUUCUCACAAUGAAGUUCCUACACUGAAAAAUCUGAUUUCUCAAGACGAAACUCCCACUGCCAGCAAAACUCAGAAGUCUUCUCGUGCAUUUUCCCUGCUAUCACCUUUCCGAAGCAAGAACAGUGAAAAGAGAAGUGCAUGACACGCCACAAUUUUGUGGUGCUGCUAAAUAUGUAUGUAAAGUCGAGGAACCAUCAAGUUCAACCUUGUGUUUUGCAGGGCGCAAGCCUGAUUGGGUUAUGAAGAACGCAACGGUUUGUUUUUUUAUCCUUUUACUACUGUGGCUAUAUAGAAAAAGUUUUAGUAACGUUAUCUUAAACAUGGGCAUUGUAUAUUUUACAUAUGUGUUCCAGUGAUGAACUUCCCUGUAGUAUCCAUUAUGGCUUUAUUAAAUGAAAACCAGUUUCAAAUUAUGCAACA